AGCCAAAAUAAAAUUUAAACAGCUAAACCGAUUACCAAGUUUUGCGCUUAGUUUUCUCUCUUUUAUAUUCUUCUUCUUCUUCUCUGCUCCAAGUAUACUCCACCCUUCUCCCGUGCUUUAUCGGAACCGUUGAUUUCCCCCUAUGUUGUUGCCGGCGAUCAACUGAACCUCUCCUUUCCGAUUUACACUUCACCCCCCCCUUUUUUUUUUUUUUUUCUCUUUCUCUAACCAGGGAUACAAAAUGAUAGGAUCCUUUAUUACCAGGAUACUUGUAAUGGUUUUUGGCUAUGCCUACCCAGCCUAUGAAUGCUAUAAAGCAGUUGAAAAGAAUAGACCUGAAAUUGAACAACUACGCUUUUGGUGCCAGUAUUGGAUUUUGGUGGCUCUUUUAACGGUGUUUGAGCGAAUUGGUGAUACAUUUAUAUCAUGGGUUCCAAUGUAUAGUGAAGCUAAAUUGGCAUUUUUUAUAUACCUAUGGUACCCAAAAACAAAGGGAACGACAUAUGUGUAUGAUUCUUUCUUUAGACCAUAUGUUGCUAAACACGAGACGGAUAUUGAUCGCAAUUUGAUGGAACUAAGGACACGGGCAGGAGAUAUUGCAGUUUUGUAUUGGCAAAAAGCUGCUAGUUACGGCCAGACUAGAAUUUUUGACAUUUUGCAGUAUGUUGCUGCUCAAUCAACGCCACCGGCUCGUCCUGCUCAGCAACAACCGGGUGCAAGAGGCCGCCAACCUGCACCUGGCAAUAAUAGCCAACAAGCUCCAGCAACGGCACCACCAGCUGAGGGUCCAACUCCUCCCACUUCUAGCUCAUCUUCAAGUCAGCACCAGAAGGAAGUAGCAGAAGAGUUGGGUUCUUCACAAGUACCUAAAGCACCCUACUCAUUAGCAGGUUUAAUUUCUCAGAAGAAUAAUCCUACACAAGAAUCUGGCAACCAAUCCAUACCUGCAGAGGCAGAGCCAAUGCAGAUUGAAGAAACACUGCCUUCAUCAUCUUCUGCAAAUGAAAAUGAAAACCCUCCGCCGAAAGAAACAAUAAUGGAAGAGCGCAUUAAUGUUACACGGGCCAGACUAAGAAAAAAUAUAUUAGUAGGAAAUCAGUAGGGCUUCUAAUGUUUUUCAAGUUUUAACCUGAAAAAAAGGAAUGGGUGGUGAACUAUAUGAUGAGCGUUGAAUUGAAUGUAGAACAUUUACAUUAUUAUGCAAGUCAGAUGCUUCAUUUUCCAUUCAA